AUGUAAUUCCAAUUUCCGGCUAAAAAAGUGUAUCCUAAGUUCCACAGCACAUCACAGUAGCCACACACAUUGUAGCCACAGCUGCCGGGAUGUAUAACAUAGAGAAAAUUGACACACCAAUACUUCAGGAACCUUUAUUCACAACACAGCUAUACCAUGAGACCUGGGACACUGUAUAUUUUAUUAACAUCACCGAAUUGCAACCUGAUGUCGAAUUAUUACAAACUUACGUAAAAUCACUCUCUGAUUAUUUUAAAUCAUUGGACACCAAAUGCAGUACGCAUAAAGCUAUCGACGCACUCAAGGAACGAGUCCUCAAGACCCGCACCAAAUAUGAAAACAUUAGAGCAUUAUCAACAAAACGAACUCGACGUGGACUCUUUAACUUCGUGGGGAGCGCGGCAAAAUAUUUAUUCGGAACCAUGAGCGCAAGUGAGGCUGAACAAAUUAAUACAGACAUUGACGAAGUCUACAACAAAACAAAAGGUAUCGCGACUCUAAUUAAAAACCAAACCAGUCUUUUACAAUCGGCUGUAUCACAAAUACAGGAAAUACAUUAUAAAACCUCAAAAGAUCUAGAACAAAUCCAGCAAUUUACUGGAUCAAUGGCUGAUUCCUUUAACAUACUAAAAGCCAACAUGAACAUUCUAAACUCUUUGUUCAAUAUGGAAAUAAAUUUAGAACAGUUAACUGAUAUGUUACAAUUAAUAGUGACGGCAAUUGCGGAAUCAAGAAAUGGAAUCCUUUCCCCAGAAUUAGCCAAUGAUGUAAUUUCUGGAUUUCUUGCUUCAUUUUGUCCAAGGCGAGAUGUCCCUGCUCGUGUUGUCUGGCUAUUAUGUUCAUUUGCAUUUGGGGUUUACGUACAAUGCGUGGAUAUGCGUCUUCGAUUUUAUAAUGCGCCGUCAGAUUUAAUAAUUUUAAAGUAA